AUGGCUGAAUUUUUAUCGGAUACGGUACUUCAAGAAGGAUUCGAGAAUCUGCUUCUAAAUCUAGAAGUCGAUAAGAAGAAGCUCCGAGAAAAUCCUAAUCCGCAAUACAAAUUGCAUAUUUGUUUUGGGAAAUAUCCCGAAUUAGAAAGCAACGGUGAAUCACCAAGCGACAGUGAAUCACAAGAUGAUUAUAAGCGUACAAUCAAUAUCAGUGAUCAAAUCCCAGAUGAUGACAUCGACUAUUCUACCGACACCACCAACCGUGCCUUCCCCCCAGUCGAUUUUUAUCCUCAAUCUGAUGCAUUAAAAAGAAGACGUGCUUCAUCAGCUACCUCAUUCCCAGUGUCUAAGCCAAAGAAGAAGACCCAAACACAACAUAAUAGUAGCGCCAGUAUCACCAUUAAGAAAGAGAAGAAAGCCGAUCCCAUCAUUAAGAAAGAGAAGGAACCGUUUGGAAUUGCACAUACUCAAACUAGCCAUGAGGUAAUCAGUAUCUCUAGUGAUGAUGAAGCAAUAUCUGAUAAUAAUGAUGAAGCACUUGGUGAGGCGUUCCGUCUUUUAAAGGACGUCGUGAGACGGGCGAAGAAGAAGUCGAGUCUAGCGGAGAGUCUGGAUAAUGGAUUGAAAGUUAAGUGUGAGCUAGAGGAAGAAGCUAAUCUAUUGGCAGUACCUGUCGAGGAUGCCAGUCUAUUAAAAGAGCCAGCAGAGCAAUCCGAUCUGUUAGCAGUGGCUGCCGAGGAAUCCAGUCUAUUAUUGGCUCAGGAUGGACCAGCAUCCAACACUCGGAGACGGCAUGGCAAGUUGUUCCCUAAGAAACAUUUCCUUUGA